AUGUUGUGCUUCCCAGCCCCCAGAGAUUAUAGCGGUAAAUCCGGCCUGGAUGACUGGCACGAUUCCAUUCUCUCAUCCUUCAUGGCAGCUGCGAAUCAAUUAACCACCGCGUUUCCCUGGCUAGCAGGAAGGGUUAUUGACGACUCGGGAGUGUUCAGAGUGGUUGCCUAUGAACCUUCUUCCAUUUUCCCUAACUCCAUUAUUCGCUUCAAGGACUGUCGCAGCAUCGCCCCACCCUACGACGAGAUUGUCAGUGCGAGAGGGCCCAUCCGGCUUCUCGACGGGAAGGUUCUGGCGCCACGCACUGCAUUUCCCGAAAGCUACCAAGAGAGCGAUGAAGAACCGGCCCCCGUUCUCGUAUUUCAGGUGAACCUGGUGGAGGGAGGAAUCCUGGUUGACUGCGCGGCCCAACACAAUAUUAUCGAUAUGACGGGAAUCGAGCAAUGCUUUGUCCUGCUCGCUACUGCGAUGCGUGGAGAAGCAUUCCCCCUCCAUGCCAUCGAGCAAGGCAAUCGAGACCGCCGGUCUAUUGUUCCUUUACUGCGAGACGGGAAGCCCAGGCUGGAUCACAGCCAGUUCAAGCGGACCGUCUCGUCGGAAAGGCCCGACCCCACGGUGCUGGGACAAGGUUCCGGCUACUUUUGGCGAUACUAUCGCUUCUCCCGGAGCCAGCUGGCGCAGCUGAAGGAGCAGGCCCAGGAGGGAUUCGGCGGGCUUCCGCCCGACUCUCAAGUCCCCUACAUCUCGACCAACGACGCAUUGAGCGCAUUCUGCUGGAAGCGCAUCGGGACAGUGCGUCUUCGCCGAGGGGGAGCAACGACGGCAACGACCAAGUUCUGUCGUGCUGUUAACGCGCGACCAGCCAUGGGGGUGCCUCGAGAAUACAUGGGAGACCUGGUCAUAAUCGCCACGUCCCGAUUCGCCUUGGGCGAACUGGCACAGGCCCCCCUUGCCGUGGUGACCGCCGCCCUGCGGAAGGAUCUCCAGGUGAGCAACAAUGAGUACUACAUCCGUAGUUUUGCCACGCUUAUCGCCAAUGAACCGGAUCGAUCAAUCAUCUCGUACGGCGGCAACUUCAAUCCCGAAACCGACAUUGGAUCGUCGUCUUGGGCAGACGUGCAGCUCUACCGGGUCGAGUUCGGUCCACUAGGGAAGCCGGCCUUGGUGAGGCGCCCCAAUUUUGCGCCUCUCAAGAGCGAUAUCUACUUUAUGCCUCGAACGGAGGCAGGAGACAUUGACGCUUUGCUUUGCAUGACCGAGGAGGACUUUGUCGGCCUGGACAAGGAUCCGGAGUGGAAACUAUAUUCCCAAUAUAUCGGAUAA